AUGAAGGUCGCCGUCGUCGGUGCAGGCUUUGCCGGCAUAUCCACCGCCAAGUACCUCAAACAGUAUGGACAUGAUGUCACCGUAUUCGAGGCUUGCGAAGAUGUCGGAGGCGUCUGGUCCAAAGCUCGUCGCUACCCCGGUCUCGCCACCCAAAACUCCAAGGAGACCUACAGCCUUUCCGACAUGGACAUGCCCCGCCACUACCCCACAUGGCCUGCCGCCCAGCAGGUCCAAGACUACCUCGAUGCAUAUACCGACAAGCACGACCUCCGUCGUCUCAUGCGUUUCGGCACCCGCGUCGAGCGCGCGGACCCCACCGACAACGGCUGGGAGAUCACUACAAAGAAGGACUCCACCACCGAGAGCAGCCACUAUGACCACCUCGUCGUCGCCACAGGCACCUUCUCUCGCGGCAAGAUCCCCGACUACGCCGGCGUCGAAGAGUGGAAAGCCGCAGGCGGACACAUCUGCCACUCGUCCGACCUCGGCUUGGACCCCAACACCAUCCAAGGCAAAGACGUUCUCGUCAUCGGCUACGGCAAGAGCUCCUGCGAUGUCGCCAACGCCGUCUCGGCUCACGCCAAAUCCACCACUCUCGUCGCACGUCGCUUGAUCUGGAAAGUGCCAAGGGUCAUUCGCGGUCUCCCUUACCAGUACCUCCUCUUGACGCGCCUUGGUGAAGCCCUUUUUGAGUACAUCACACCCAACGCGUUCGAGAGAUGGUUCAACACGGGUUCCGGUCGCUUCAUCCGCAACGGUAUGCUUAGCUCGUUGCAAUGGGUCAUCACCGGUCAGCUCAAGCUUGAACGUCUCGGUCUCGUCCCCGAAGGUCCUCUCGAGGAGAUAGCACGUAGCACCAUCUCGCUCUCCACCGAGGGCCUCUAUAAAAACGUCGAAGCCGGAAAAGUUCGUGUUCGACGCGAUGCCGAGAUCUUGCGCUUGACCAAGGAUGAUGCGGGAAAGCCCGUCGCCGUGCUCAAAGAUGGUUCCACUUUGCCCUGCGAUCUCUUGGUCUGCGCAACUGGCUUCCACCAAGACGUUCCCUUCCUCCCCGUCAACGUCCAGAAGAAAUUCCUUGACGAGAACGACAACUUUCUGCUCCACAAACACAUCCUCCCCAUUGGCGUCGCCAACCUCACCUUCAACGGCUACAAUUCUUCGCUCUUCUGCCCAACUUCGUCCGAAGCUGCCGCGCUUUGGAUAUCGGCCCACCUCGCCGGUCUCACUAACCUACCAUCAGAGGACGAGAUGCUCGAAGCCGCCAAGAUCAAGCUCGAAUGGCUUGACGCACGAAGCAACGGCAAGCACGCCCACGGCACCAACCUCGUCCCCUUCAGUCUCCACUCGAUCGACGACACGUUGCAAGACAUUGAUCUCAAGCUUGGAACGUAUACCACAAUCAGGCAGUGGCUGCUUCCUGUGCGUCCGCGCGACUAUGCUUCCUUGGGCGCCGAGUUGGGUCAGAGGAUUGACCGCGCCAACCAGGCAAAGCUGAAAACUUAG